AUGGAUUGUUACCGAUUGCCAGAAGCGGUUCUCAGAGUCCUGGGAAUCGGACUUGACAGCUUUCUGUUGUUUUUUGAAUGCUCUGGCGUUGGAAAUCUGUCCUUUUCUGAAAUGGAGAGGAAUUCCGCUGUUGUAUGUGUUCAAGAUGGCAAGCGACGAGAACCUGGUGAGAUCUCUAGACUCUUGUCCCAAUUCCGGUUUUCUAAACUUGUGAACAACCCAGGUGUAUCCAUUUCCCUUGGUGGAGUUUGCGGUAGCCAACAACAGGGUUUUGAACUCCUGGAUCGACCCGAAAGACGACUCGAUCCACGAUGCUAUGCUUCCCUCUGGGGGGUUUUGGAUUUUCGAGAAAACGUCUGGGGUUUUGUACAACUCGCUGAGAUCUGCCUUGGAGACGGUAUUUUCAGGGUUCGACUUUAA